AUGCACAUCUACUGCUCGCCACCAAGAUUCGGGCGCGGGAGCGCCCAGGUAAAAACUAUACAUGGAAGCAAUCGGGGUAGCGACACCAUAAGCCCCUGGAAUAUAAGUGCUAGCCGCAAGGGGUUGGGUACCACUCAGCGUAUAUGCAACAGCAUCGAGUGUACAGGUGUAUCUCGAGUGUCACUAAAGGAAACCAGUACAGUCGUGUUGUACUUUCGCUCGUCAAUGACCGGCUCUGCGCCAACAGGUGCAUAUGCACAUUGUGCGUUGACCAUGGAUACAACCGCUGCCGCUCCUGAGUCUCGGACUUGGGAGCACCGGGUUGAGUCAUUGCAAGGCAACAAUUGGGGAAGCGACGUGAAGGGUCUACUGACUACGUGCGCUAGCCAUAAGCGGUUCGAUAUUGCCGGACAAUUACGGAAUAGCGCCCUGAGGUACAUGCAGACCUUGCACGCUACCGGAACCAUACAACUGCUUCCGCUCCUGAGUAAUGGACUAAGGACUGCAGAGCUGAGACAUUGUAUGGGAACGAUUGGAGCGACGCUGUGGUGUGUAUACAAACCACAGGCGCGAGCCAUGGACUGGAUUGCUGUCGUUCCUGAACAGCUAGGUUCAGGAUUGCUCAGCUGGAAUAUUACACGUAAGUGA